AUGCUUCGCUUCACGUCUUUUGACCUGGGGCGCUGGAGCUCCCGCGACUUUUUGCGGAGCCGUAGUAAGCGGGCUGGUGCCGUCCACACCCGUCACACCCACGGCCGGCAAGGCCGCUACAAGCGCCUUUCGUCCAUCACCAGCAGCAUUCGUGAUGGCCGUCGGCAUGCCUCGAACCACAUGCAGGGAGGUCUGGGCCUAAAGCUAGGCGGCGGCCUCUUCGGACUGCGCAUUCCCCGGCAGCAUCAGCUGUCCCACAUGUCGAGAGAGGAGUUCGAUUUGGAGAUGUACGGGCAUCCAAACAUCACCAACCCAUAUCGGGAGCACCUCGACGAGCACCCGGACCUCAAGAGCGUCAUGAUGAACGCCACUGUGACGUUGAGGCUUGUGGUGCUUCUGCCCAAGGCAGCGCGCCGCCCGGUGCAACGCGAGGGAGGCGAUGUGCAGGUUCCAGAGCAGUGGUCGAGUGUGGUGCGAGAAUUGAACGUGACGCUCAGCGCUCUGGCAGCCAGCGCCAGACAAGCGCUCGGUGUUGUCGAGGUGCAUCUGGCGACGCUGGAGACCUCCGUCUGCUGUCGCUGCGUACCGAGUGGUGAUGCGUUGACCCCGGUUGCUGUCGAUGGGAAGCGAGUGGAGGUAGGGCCCGACCUGGAGACUGGCGUGGCUCGACUCUAUCGCACUCAUUGCUUGUUGAGGAGCCGGCUGAAGCCAGAGGCUGGAGCGACGCUACGCCAUCGCCGGCCUGCCGCUUUCAUGGGGGCCGCACUACGCGCGCCUUCACCGACCUCCUCGUCGACACCGCCAGGAAUGUUUCCUUGGUCUGCGCCCUCGACGUCCUUUACGUCCUCGGUGCUGACCAGUCUCACGAAGGAUACUGAUGCGCCUUCGCAGACGGUCCUACACAGGCCAUGCAGCGAAGGUGCUCUUACUGAUGCUUGCCUGCCCUGCUCGGCGAUGACGUUCUCUAGACCCGUGACUGCUGAUACCCCAGGCGCUUCUGAAGGGAAGGGCAUGAUGGAGCUGGUGCGCGAGUGCAGUGCCACCGAGCAGCCCUUGCUGCGUCUGUGCCUGCGUCCUGGCGCGUCUGCGGGCACGUGGACACAUCUUGCUGUGAGCAAGGGUCGCUCGAAGACGACUGCGGUAGCCGGACCCGCUGCUGUCGCGACGCGGAAGGUUCUCAAGGAGGAUAUCGACCUCAACGGCGAGGUCGGGGUGUGGCGACUGGCUCGGUCAUCUCUGUCAGAGCUUCUUCGCUGGCACUACUGUGCGCGAGAUCCGCGCGCGCACAACCACGACGCGCUGCCUCAUCACCGCCGCUCGCUGCCUGUCUUGCUCGUGGUGGACUACUCCACAAUCACUGGGGAUGUAGGCCGCGCGCGGACGCAAAGUGCAGCAUCAUCGAGGCCUGCUGCGACGCUUAUGCCGCGACAUCUCUCGCUUGAGUUGGAGUCCGCGGGGUUCAAGCUGCUAGCCGAGUCAUCCUUGCUCGACGUCGCCAAGUCUCUGGAGGCGUGGAUGCCGGCGCGGCAGUGGGUGGACUACGUUCAAUCCUGUGCACACGCGCAACCACACGGCGCUUGCAGGGAAGUUCCAGCCGCAGAGGCGGCGAUCUCGUAA